AUGAGCUCCUUUCUUACAACUGUCAAUCAGCGGGCGAAGAACCAGUUCCGACCUCGAGCGCCCGGUAAAGGCGGCGCUACGAGCUAUCAGCUUCGCCAGUAUGCCGAGGCCACACUAGGUGGUGGCAGUCUGCGCAAGGUGGUGAAACUCCCAGAGGGCGAAGAUGAGAAUGAAUGGUUGGCUGUCAACAUGGUGGAUUUCUACAACCAGAUCAACCUCCUGUACGGCGCGAUUACCGAAUUCUGCUCCCCCCAAUCAUGUCCCGAGAUGAAGGCGACAGACGAGUUCGAGUAUCUGUGGCAGGAUUCCGAGAACUUCAAACGACCGACCAAGAUGCCUGCGCCGGCAUACAUCGAGCAGCUGAUGACUUGGGUCCAAAGCAAUAUUGACAACGAGGCGGUUCUUCCGAGUCGCAUUGGCGUACCGUUCCCCAAGUCGUUCCCCGCCCUGGUCCGUCAAAUAUUCAAGCGCAUGUACCGUGUUUACGCCCACAUAUACUGCCACCACUACCCCGUCAUCCGGGAGCUUGGCCUGGAGCCGCACCUCAACACUAGUUUCAAGCAAUAUGUGCUCUUCAUCGACGAGCACAACCUUGCCAGCGGCAAGGACUACUGGGGUCCACUGGGCGACUUGGUAGACAGCAUGUUGCGCAGCGACUAG